ACGAACUCAAACCCAGGAAACCUCAGCCCACCUCCUGACGUCAUCACUAGGGGACGCCACUAACACAGACAAACAACAAAUCGAAAAGGGUUUCUUUACAACUCGCAGGUGAAACUGGUCCACACCUGAAGUCAUACCCCUGCCCCACCCAGCAGGUGACUCCGUUCCACGUUGAGCCCCUGACUCCAGUCCACACUGAGCUCCCGACUCUGGUCCACACUGAGCUCCCGACUCCGGUCCAGGUUGAGCUCCUGACUCCGGUCCAGGUUGAGCUCCUGACUCCGGUCCAGUUUGAGCUCCUGACUCCGGUCCAGGUUGAGCCCCUGACUCCGGUCCACACUGAGCUCCCGACUCCGGUCCACACUGAGCCGCCAUGGACUCCGAGGCAGCCCCGCCCUUCCACGUGUGGGACGAGGGGAAGGCCUACGAGGAGCUCCUGUCCUGGGACAGUCUGAUCCAGCAGGGCCACCGCCUGCUGCCCCACGACUUCAACAGGUACGAGGACCUGCGCUACUGGUACGACUGUCUGUGCUACGAGGAGGAGCUGCGGCAGUACCACGACUACAUCGCUUCUAUAGAGGAGAUCGAGGACUUCCCCUCCCAUCAUGAGGCCCCAGCCCCCCGCACGCCCCCCCUGCAGCCCUACGACCGGCACCUCAUGGCCAAGCACUCCUCGGUGUACCCCACCUCGGAGGAGCUGGAGGCCGUCCAGGUCAUCAUCUCCCACGUGGAGUGCGCCCUGAAGGCCGUGUCCGACACGCUGGACGAGAAACCCGCCGCCGAGGAGACCCCGGAGGCCGAGGAGACCCCGGAGGCAGAGAGCCCGGAGGCGGCGGAGCGCGUGCUGCGGGGGGUGAUGCGGGUGGGCCUGGUGGCCAAGGGGCUGCUGCUGACGGGGGACCUGGACCUGGAGCUGGUGCUGCUCUGCGCCCACAAGCCCACCGGGGCGCUGCUCGGCCGCGUGGGAGAGCUGCUGGACCAGCAGCUGCAGGUGGUCACCAAGGACAAGUACGAGGUGAUCCAGAGCCCCGAGGAGGCCUCCAUCGUCGUCAGGAGCACCAAGACGCUGGUGUUCACCCUGACCAUCCACCUGACCUCCCCGCUGAUCCGCACGGAGCAGGAGGCCCCGCCCAGCGAGGCCCCCACUGACCCAGACACGCAAACGGUCGUCGACCCGCCGGACGUUCUGGACAGGCAGAAAUGCCUGAGCGCCCUGGCGUCCCUCCGCCACGCUAAGUGGUUCCAGGCGAAGGUCAACGACCUGAAGUCCGCCGUCAUCGUGAUCCGCGUCAUGAGGGACCUCUGUAAGCGCGUGCCCGCCUGGGCCCCGCUAUCGGGAUGGCCGCUGGAGCUGCUGGUGGAGAAGUCCAUCAGGACGUACGAGCGACCGAUGGAGGUGGGGGAGGCCUUCCGACGCGUCCUGGAGUGUAUCGCGUCCGGAAUCCUACUGGAAGGCGGCCCAGGGAUCAAGGACCCGUGUGAAAGAGAAUCCACGGACGCCAUCGGCCACCUGGAACCCCAGCAGCGAGAGGAGCUCACAGCGAGCGCUCAGCACGCCCUGCGUCUCUCUGCGUUCAGGCAGCUCCACAAGGUGCUGGGCAUGGACAUCGUGCCGGUCCGACCCCAGAGGCUAACGGGAGCCAACAUCAAAGACAUCAAAGCCCAAAUAGAGCUGUCCGGGCCGCUGAAGACGCCGGUGAAGAGGGCGUUCCCGGAGAUGGAGAACCCAGCCGAUGACCGGCAGCUCAACAGCAAGCAGAGGAAGUUCCUCAAGUUCCAGAAGCACAACCGCUUCGACAGGAAGUCCUUCUCGGACGACCUCUGCAUGAACGCUGUGAUGCGGCUGAACCAGUACAAGCCGGGGCUGGACUACCGGCUGGUCUCCCAGGUGGGGCCGGUCCACGAGCCGGUGUUCACCAUGGCCGUGGACCUGAACAGCAUCACCUACGAAGCCACCGGCCCCUCCAAGAGAGUGGCCAAGCUCAACGUGGCCACCAAGGUGCUGCAGGAGCUGGGUCUGCCGACCGGGUCGGAGACCAAGCCCAGCGAGGGUCUGGUGGAGGGAGAGGGGAGCAAGGCGGCGGGCAGCGCCUCUAUCGCCUCCGCCGCCGGAUCAGAAGACGGCGUGGCCGGCCCCAUCCUCACCAAGCACGGGAAGAACCCGGUGAUGGAGCUGAACGAGAAGCGGCGCAGCCUGAAGUACGAGCUGUCUGCCGAGACGGGGGGCUCCCACGAGAAGUGUUUCAUCAUGGAGGUGGAGGUGGACGGGCAGAAGUUCAAGGGCCGCGGCUCCAACAAGAAGGAGGCCAAGUCCUACGCAGCGCUGGCCGCCCUGGAGAAGCUGUUCCCCGACUCGGCAGGGGGAGCCUCGGCCUUCAGCAAGGACUUCCCCAAGAAGAAGGUCACCUACACGGACAUGCACAUCCCCGGGUUCGGGACGAUCAGGGGAAUCCCGUCGGACCCGGGAAACCACCCCUGGAAGGGGCGAGGAAGAGGACGAGGAAGGCCGUACUCCAGAGGAAACCAGUACAACAAGACAAACUACAAUUAUGGGAACACUCCAGGUGGAGGCUAUUCCUCCGGCCCCCCCAAGGGCCCCCAGGCGGCCCCCGGCGGAGAGGCCCCCCCCCCCUCCGCUGCCGCCGGCGGCUACGGAACCUUCUACCCGGACGCGGGCUCCUACACCUACUCGGCCCCCCCGGUCUCGGCCCCGGCCCCGCCCCCCGCCGCCGCCGCCGCCCCCCCCGCCGGCCCCGCCCCCACGGCGGCCGCUGAGCCCACCAGCUACCACUCGAUGCCCCCCCCCGCCGACCAGCAGAGCCCCUACAGCUACGGCUACGGCGAGGAGAAGAAGAAGCAGCUGACGCAGAUGGCGCCGCAGGGUGUGGCUCCGCCCCCGGGGGCGGGGCAGCAGGGCGGGGCCCCCCAGGGCCAGAUGGACUACUCCAUGUACAGCACGGCCUACCCCAGCUCGGUGACCGGGGGGCAGAACUACAACUACGGUUGGUCGGGCCAGGCAUCCUGGCAGCCCCCCCAGCAGCAGGGCUACGGGGGGGCGUACCCGGACCAGGGGGGGCAGAACGCCGCCACCUACCCCGGGUACGGGCACGUGAACUAUCAGUGAGCGGCUCUGAGCGCUGACCCCCCCCCCCCCCCCC